UCGCAGCGCGAUAGCAGCCGUUAGUUGGCGCGGUCGAAUGCAAUGCGGAUGUAGGUUGUGCCAUAAAUAUACUAUACCUAUGAAAGUACGAUCUCAGUCGCUAUCUUACAUGUGAAUACUGUGUUCGUGGAUUUCAACUGCGUUCCGGUGUGACUUAAAACGUGAUCAAUAGUUUAUUCAACUAGUGGCACGUCUGCAAACGUCAACCGGCAUAGCCGAAAUUCUUCAAAAUGGCCGAUCGGCGUGAAAGCACAUCUAAUAUGGCCGAGCUCCAAUAUCUCGUAGUUGACAAACAAGUGAUAAAUGAUCCGGCGGCACAGGCAGAAUGGACAGCAAAACGUUUGGUGUGGGUUCCCCACGAGACUCAUGGUUUCGUGGCAGCCAGCAUCAAAGCCGAGCGAGGAGAAGAGUUAGAAGUCGAGAUCGCCGAAAGUGGCAAACGUUACCUUGUCAACAAGGAUGAUAUCCAGAAAAUGAAUCCACCGAAAUUCUCCAAAGUCGAGGAUAUGGCUGAGCUAACAUGCUUGAAUGAAGCAUCCGUUUUACAUAAUCUGAAAGAUCGGUAUUUCUCCGGUUUAAUUUAUACGUAUUCAGGAUUAUUUUGCGUCGUAGUAAACCCAUACAAGAGGUUGCCUAUCUACACCGAAAAAGUAAUCGAGCUGUAUAAGGGCAGAAAACGUCACGAAGUGCCCCCACACGUGUACGCAAUCACGGAUAAUGCGUACAGAAGCAUGCUUCAAGACAGAGAAGACCAGUCCAUCCUGUGCACAGGUGAGUCGGGUGCUGGGAAGACGGAGAACACGAAGAAGGUGAUCCAGUACUUGGCGCAUGUUGCUGCGUCGCAUCGAUCAAAGAAUGUCGCCAGCUUCCAGGAGCCCCUCAAGGGAGAGCUCGAGGAGCAGCUUCUGCAGGCUAACCCCAUCUUGGAAUCGUUCGGCAACGCCAAAACCGUCAAGAAUGACAACUCUUCGCGAUUCGGUAAAUUCAUCCGUAUCAACUUCGACAUGUCCGGCUACAUCGCCGGAGCAAAUAUUGAGACCUACCUGUUGGAGAAAUCACGCACAGUCCGACAGGCUCCCGACGAGCGGACGUUCCACAUCUACUAUCAACUUCUAGCCGGAGCGACGCCCGAGCAGAGAAAGGAGCUGCUGCUGGAAGAUGCGAAGAACUACCGCUUCCUCAGUUAUGGCUUCGUGAAUGUGGGAGGCAUCGAUGACCACCAGGACUUCAUGAUGACGGUGCAGGCUAUGAGCAUCAUGGGGCUUACCAGUGACGAAAUCAAAGGUGUUUUCCGCGUCGUGUCCGCGUCGCUGCAGUUUGGCAACAUGGAGUUCCAGCAGGAGCGUAAGACUGACCAGGCAACACUGCCAGAUAACACGGUUGCACAGAAAAUAUGCCAUCUGCUGGGCAUUCAGGUCACUGACAUGGUGAGGUCGCUCCUGAAACCCAGGCUCAAGGUCGGCCGUGAUUACGUGCACAAGGCGCAGAGCAAGGAGCAGGUGGAGUUUGGGGUGGAGGCAAUUGGCAAGGCGACGUACGAGCGCAUGUUCAAGUGGAUCGUGAUGCGCAUCAACAAGUCGCUCGACCGCACUAAACGACAGGGGGCAUCCUUUAUCGGCAUCCUCGACAUCGCCGGCUUUGAGAUAUUUGAGCUCAACUCAUUCGAGCAGCUCUGCAUCAACUACACGAAUGAGAAGCUGCAGCAGCUGUUCAACCACACGAUGUUUGUGCUAGAGCAGGAGGAGUACCAGCGCGAGGGCAUCGAGUGGAAGUUUAUCGACUUUGGUCUCGACCUUCAGCCAACCAUCGAACUCAUCGAGAAGCCGAUGGGUGUGCUCGCCCUGAUGGAUGAGGAGUGCUGGUUCCCGAAGGCCAACGACAAGACGUUUGUGGAGAAGCUUGUCGCCUCGCACAAGAGCCACCCGAAGUUCCAGAUCGCCGAGUUCCGCUCCACAGCUGACUUCAGCGUCAUCCACUAUGCUGGCAAGGUUGACUAUGCUGCCGCCAAGUGGCUGAUGAAGAACAUGGACCCGCUGAACGAUAAUGUUGUAGAGCUGCUGCAGAAGUCCACCGAGCCGUUCGUCGCCCAGAUCUGGAAGGAUGCCGAGAUCGUCGGUCUGAGCGCGACAGCAAACAUGAGCGAGACGCAGUUUGGAGCGCGCACGCGCAAGGGCAUGUUCCGCACCGUCGGGCAGCUCUACAAGGAGCAGCUGUCGAAGCUGAUGGUGACACUGCGCAACACCAACCCUAACUUUGUGCGCUGCAUCAUUCCGAACCACGAGAAGCGUGCAGGCAAAAUUGACUCGAUUCUCGUGCUCGACCAGCUGCGAUGCAACGGCGUGCUGGAGGGCAUCCGCAUCUGCCGACAGGGCUUCCCAAACCGCAUCGGCUUCCAGGACUUCCGUCAGAGGUACGAAUUCCUAACACCGAGCGUGAUACCAAAGGGCUUCAUGGAUGGCAAGAAGGCCUGCGAGCUCAUGAUUCAAGCACUGGAGCUUGACCCGAAUCUGUACCGCAUCGGACAGAGCAAGGUGUUCUUCCGUGCGGGCGUGCUGGCACAUCUCGAGGAGGAGAGAGACCUGAAGCUCACUGACAUCAUCGUCAACUUCCAGGCCUACUGUCGAGGCAUGAUCGCCCGCAAGAACUACCAGAAGCGUCUACAGCAGAUCAGUGCCAUCAAGAUCAUCCAGCGUAACUGUGCUGCCUACCUGAAGCUGCGCAAUUGGCCGUGGUGGAGGCUGUUCACCAAGGUGAAACCCCUGCUGCAGGUGACCGGUCAGGAGGAGCGGCUCACCGUGAAGGAGAACGAGAUGAAGGAGAUCGCUGACAAGAUGGAGAAGCAGAAGCUCGAGCAUCAGGAGGUCGAGAAGAAGCUGGCUCAGGUCGUUGAGGAGAAGAGCAUCCUCGCUGAGCAGCUGCAGGCCGAGACCGAGCUCUGCGCUGAAGCUGAUGAGAUGCGCGUGCGCCUCACCUCUCGUAAGACUGAGCUGGAGGAACUGUUACAUGACCUGGAGUCACGCAUUGAGGAGGAGGAGGAACGAGCAAACAGACUGAACAAUGAGAAACAGAAGAUGGGACAGCAUGUCAGCGACCUGGAGGAACAGUUAGAAGAGGAGGAAGCCCAGAGACAGAAGCUGCAACUGGAGAAGCACGCAGGGGAGAGCAAAAUCAAGCAGUACGAGGAGCAGAUGGCCAUAUCUGAGGAUGGGCAUACCAAGUUGUUGAAGGAGAAGAAGCAGAUUGAGGACAGGAAUGCAGAGCUUCAGCAGCAGCUGCAGGAGGAGGAGGAUCGCGCAAAGGCACUGACGAAGGCCAAGAACAAGCAUGAAGCCAACAUCAACGACCUCGAAGAGAGGCUGCGCAGAGAGAUCGCCCUUCGUGAGGAGCUGGAGCGCAUCAAGCGUCGGCUGGAAGCAGAGCUCGCCGAUACAAGGGAGCAGCUCGCAGAGAAGAAGGCGCAAUGUGACGAGCUCACCCAGCAGCUGGCCAAGAAGGAAGAGGAGCUUGCCAAACUAGUGCAGAGGGUGGAUGAGGAGUCAGCGAGUAAGACUCAGGUGCACAAGCAGGCGCGUGAGCUUGAGAGCCAGCUGGCCGAGGUACAGGAGGACCUGGAUGUGGAGAAGGCUGCCCGCGGCAAGGCGGAGAAGCAACGAAGAGACCUCAGUGAGGAGCUGGAGGCAUUGAAGACGGAGCUGAUUGAGUCUCUGGACUCGACUGCCGUGCAGCAGGAGCUGCGCAACAAACGAGAGCAGGAGCUCAACUCCAUAAAGAAGGCGCUCGAGGAGGAGCAGAAGGCUCGCGAGGUACAGGUCGCUGACCUGAGGCACAAGCAGACGCAGCAGGAGGUGACCUCCGUCGAGCAGGUGGAGCAGCUGAAGAAGGCGAAACACAUGGUGGAGAAAUCGAAGGCAGCGCUGGAAUCGGAGGCUGUUGACAUGGCCAACGAGCUGAAGAGCGUGCAGACGAGCAAGCAGGACUCUGAGCGCAAGCGCAAGCAGGUCGAGGCCACGCUGCAGGAGGUCACCAUGAAGCUGAACGAGGUCGAGCGGCAGCGCAGCGACACUGGUGACCGCGCCGGCCGCAAUGAGCUAGAAGCUGUUACCACACAGUUUGAGGAAGCAGAGAGCAAGGCCAGUAGGCUUGCCAAGGAGCUGAGCGCCCUCGAAUUUCAACUGACCGAUGCACAGGAGUCGACCGCAGAAGAGUCUAAGCAGAAGCUGGCAAUCCAGGCGCGUAUGCGGCAGGCCGAAGCGAAUCGUGAAGCACUGCAGGAACAGCUGGAUGAGGAGGAGGAGCACAAGGCCAGUCUCGAGCGUCAUAUGGCCAACAUGAGCCAGCAGCUGGCCGAGUAUAAGAAGAAGGUGGAUGAGAGUGGUGCGACGAUGGAGGAGCUGGACGAGCUGAAGAAGAAAGCAGCACGCGAUAUCGAGGCUCUCAUGCAGGAGAACGAGCAUCUACGCGCUGUCAGCGAGAAGCAGGAGAAGUCGAAGAAAAAGCUGCAGCAGGAGUUUGAUGACCUGAAUCUGUCGGUGGAGAGCGACCGCUCGAAGAUCAGCAACCUGGAGAAACGGCAGCGCAAGUUUGAUCAGAUGCUGGCGGAGGAGAAGGCGAUCAGCGAGCGCCUGGUGCAUGAGCGCGACGACCGUGACCGCGAGCUGCGCGACCGUGAAACGAAGGUGCUGUCGCUGCAGCGUGAGCAGGAGGAGCUGCAGAAUCGUUUGGAUGAGGUUGAGCGGCUGCGCAAAUCACAGAUGUCCGAACUCGACGACCUGAUGGCGAACAAGGACGACGUCGGCAAGAACAUCCACGAGCUGGAGAAGGCGCGCCGCACGCUGGAGGACAGGGUCGAGGAGCAGCGCAUGCAGAUCGAGGAGCUAGAGGAUGAGUACCAGGUGUGCGAGGAUGCUAAGCUCAGACUGGAGGUGAACAUGCAGGCGAUGAAGGCCCAGUUUGAGAGGGACCUUCAGGCUCGCGACGAGCAGAGUGAAGAGAAGCGCAAGGCACUCACUAAACAGCUGCGAGAGCUGGAGGUGGAGCUGGAGGAUGAGAGAAAGCAGCGGCAGGCGGCCGUCAGCGCGAGGAAGAAGCUAGAGGGUGACAUCUGCGCAGUGGAGCAGCAGCUCGAGAUGGCCACCAAGGUCCGCGAUGAUGCUGUCAAGCAGCUCAAGCGACUGCAGAACCAGACGAAGGAGCUGCAGCGAGAGGCUGAGGACGCGCGUCAAUCGCGCGACGACAUGUCGGCACAGUUCCGCGAGAACGAGAAGCGGCUGAAGAGUCUUGAGGCGGAGAUCUUGCAGUCGCAGGAGGACCUGGCGACGUCGGAGAGGCAGCGGCGCGUGGCCGAGGGCGAGCGUGAUGACCUGCAGGAGGAGCUGACCAGCGCCCUCACGGCCAAGCAAAGUCUUGCCGAUGAAAAGAAGUCGAUGGAGAGCAAACUGCAGGAUAUUGAGGAAGAGUUGGAGGAAGAACAGAACAAUGUGGAACUACUCGUGGAUAAGAACCGCAAAAGCAACCUGCAGGUGGAGCAGAUGUCAGCUGAGCUGAACUCUGAGCGUGCGACGGCACAGAAGGCUGAGAACGCGCGGCUCGCUCUUGAGAAGCAGAACAAGGAGCUGAAGGCAAAGCUGGAGGAGCUGGAGCAGGCACUGCGGGGCAAGUCGAAGGCAACGAUCGCGACACUCGAGACAAAGAUCGGCAACCUUGAGGAGCAGCUCGAGAUUGAGACAAAGGAGCGGCAGACUGCGACCAGACAGAACAGAAGGCUAGAGAAGAGACUAAAGGAAGCUAUCAUGCAGGCAGAGGAUGAGCGACGGCAUGCUGAUCAGUACAAAGAGCAGGUGGACAAGGCAAACACGCGCGUGAAGGCUCUUAAGCGGCAGGCAGAUGAGGCGGAGGAGGAACUGGCACGCGUCAACGCGCAGAAGCGCAAACUUCAGCGCGACUUUGACGAGCAGGUGGAGGGUAACGAGUCACAGCUGCGCGAAAUCAACUCCCUUAAGAGCAAACUCAGGUGA